AUCUCAAAAAAACACACAGAGAGGUUACGGUUUUUUUUUUUUUUUGGGUGGUGUUGGUGUUGGUCUAACGCACGGGGCCUACGAACCCUAGCUCGAGGCGAAUUCUAUAUCCCCUUUUCUCCGUGUUCCUCUGCUGGGAUCGAAUUUGAAUCCCUUCGAAUUUACCUUCUAUAAAUCCGAGUUCUUCCGUGCUUUAUCGGUGGCUGUUGGAGAAGAAGAGUUGAAAUUUCUGCAAAUAUAUUCUGUUAAUAAAGUGGAGCUCUAAAGAUGCUGCCUUUAAGUUUUGGUAGUUUCGAUAUCUCCUGUUGUUUUGUUCAUCUGGCUGAAUGGCAUCCUUUGGAAUAACGAAGCUUAAUCGGGCUUUUAAGCCCUUGAAACCCUUUUGCAGAGUAAGAUUUGAAUCGGGGUUCCAGAAUUGUUAGCUUCAGCAGUUUGAGAUUUUUCAUUACUCAUAUAGAGCCAGAUUUUGGAGUAGAGAAUGUUUCGCGAUAGCGUUUCAUUUGCCCAAGCAAUGGGAUGCUUUGGGUGCUUCGGGUACUCGAGGAGAACCCGUCAAUCAUCCAAAACUCAUCUGAGUAAAAAUCGUGGGUUUUCCCGGGAUCGUUUGAUAGAUGAUGUACCAUACUAUGAUGAUCUGUAUUCAUGUGAUAGUGAUGAAACUAGCAAUGCUCAAGAAGAAGAAGAAGAAAUGGAGCAGCAGAACCGGUCCAAACGCUCUGAGGAAAUCUUGAAAUUUAAAUUAAAUAAUGGGUUGAUCUGCAGGCAGUUUCCAGUGAAAGAAACGAAUAAACUUAUCCGUGGAGAGGAUGAAAAUGGAAACAAGAUGAUCAAUGAGUAUGUUCGUGAGUAUAAAAUUGGAUCCGGUAGCUACGGCAAAGUGGUUCUAUAUCGAAGCUCUGUAGACGGUAAGCAUUACGCUAUCAAGGCAUUUCACAAGUCGUAUUUACUAAGGCUAAGGGUUGCACCUUCAGAAACGGCUAUGAGCGAUGUUCUCCGUGAGGUUAUGAUCAUGAAAAUGCUGGAGCAUCCUAACAUCGUUAAUCUCCUCGAGGUGAUUGACGACCCCGAAACUGAUCAUUUCUACAUGGUUCUUGAAUAUGUUGAUGGAAAAUGGGCUUAUGACGAAUCUGGAAGACCGGGUGCUGUUGGAGAGGAAACCGCUAGAAAGUACUUGCAGGAUGUAGUUGCUGGCCUGAUGUACCUUCAUGCUCAUAAUAUUAUUCACGGGGACAUUAAACCCGACAAUCUGCUGGUUUCUAGUAACGGCACAGUGAAGAUCGGGGACUUCAGUGUCAGCCAAUCCUUUGAGGAUGAUAACGAUGAACUCCGCCGAUCUCCCGGGACUCCUGUAUUCACUGCCCCGGAAUGUUGCGUAGGUAUAACGUACCGUGGCAGAGCUGCGGAUACAUGGGCAGUGGGAGUUACUUUGUAUUGUAUGAUUUUAGGACAGUACCCAUUUCUUGGUGACAGCCUUCAGGAUACUUAUGACAAGAUUGUUCAUAAUCCUUUGGUAAUCCCGGAUGGACUGAAUCCACUUCUGAGAAGCUUGAUCGAAGGUCUUCUCUGCAAAGAUCCGGAACAGAGGAUGACACUGAAAGAUGUGUCGGAACAUCCAUGGGUGAUGAGAGAAGAUAGACCAGUUCCUGAGUACUUGUGCUGGUGCAAACGCAACUCAGCUCAAGGGACUGAAGCAGAAUCCAAUGGAGGGGUCGAAAUAUCUGAUUCUAACUGAAAAAAAAAAAGAUCGAAUCUUGGAUCAUACAAAAACCGUAUUAUUAAGCACGUGAUCGUUUCAUGUAGGGUUUUUUUUAUGGACGUUACGUGACUUGCAAGGAAUCGGGAAGGAAAUCUCGCAAAGAGGAGUUUGGCUUUUAACGUAUUAGGGUUCCUCUUGCGGGGUUUUUGUUUUUUACUGGCAACUGCUGCUAUAUAAACUGUAUGUUUUGAUUUGAUUUUUUUUUUGGUGGAAAUUAGUUGGUGUUUUUUUAUUUUGUGGAGUGGGAGAUGCUUCUCAUUUGUAAUUUGAACGUACAAAAAUUAUAUGUACUUGUUCAGAUUAUGAUCAUAAUCAUCAUAAUUAAGCUUGCGGGGGGCAAUC